GUACGUAUGAAGACGAGCCAAUGUGAGUUUUGAGCGACCAAAGAUCCUGAGAUUGGCAAUAUAAAUGGGACGAAAGAUAUCGUACACGAUCUCGAGCGGCAUAACAAAUCAUGCCUUUGUCGUAGACAAUUCAAUAAAUCAGAAUGACAUCGAAGUUAAUGGGUCCACUCAUGAAAUUAAUGCGCAGAAGCCGGAGCGCCAGCAAUGGGGAAAUGACAGGGAAUUUCUGUUAUCUUGUAUCGCCAUGUCGGUCGGUCUCGGGAAGCCGUUUUACCUGCUGGAGAUGAUCCUAGGACAAUUCUCCAGCCAGUCAGCCUUGAAGAUCUGGGAUCUUGCGCCGGCAUUUAGAGGCAUUGGCAUCGCGCAAUGUAUAACAUUGCUGGCACUGACGUCCUAUUACUGCUCGCUGAUGGCGUUGACCUUGUUCUACCUCAUCGCUAGCUUCCAAACGGAAUUACCAUGGGGAAGAUGCUGGGAGGAAUGGGGCGAAUUCUGCGUAGACUCUUUACGCAGCAAUUACAGCUCUAGGAUUGAGAACAUCAGUUAUUCCAGCUCUGCUGAGCUGUAUUUCUACAAGGAGGUACUGCGAGAAAAGGACAGCAUUAACGAUGGCAUCGGUGCACCGGACUGGCGUCUGUCGCUUACGCUCUUCGUCAGCUGGUUGACGGUCUUCCUUGUGGUGAUACGCGGCGUGCGCAGUUCUGGCAAGGCAGCAUAUUUUCUGGCGAUAUUUCCCUAUGUAGUUCUCAUAGUGCUGCUUAUAAGGGCAGUCACGCUGGAUGGAUCUGUCACUGGUAUCUUCUACUUUAUCACUCCGACAUGGGAGAAACUGUUGACGCCAAUGAUUUGGUAUCACGCUGUUGCCCAAUGCUUCUUUUCAUUAACCGUUUGUUUUGGUGCUGUCGUCAUGUUUGCUUCGCACAACAAGUUCCACCAUGAUCUGUAUCGGGACGCAAUGAUCGUGACAACGCUGGAUACCUUUACUAGUCUGCUGGCUGGUUGCACAAUCUUCGCCAUUCUAGGUAAUCUCAGUCGCGAAUUAGGGAUCGAGGACAUCGGGACAGUGGUUCGAGGUGGCACUGGAUUGGCAUUCAUUUCCUAUCCGGAAACGAUCGCUAAGUUUACGAUCGCACCGCAGUUCUUUAGUGUCGUAUUUUUCGCGAUGCUAUUCGUCCUGGGUAUUGGCAGCGAGGUUGGUCUCGCUUCCGCCAUAAUUUCCAUCGUACAUGAUCAGUUCCCGAAGGUCAGGUACUGGCACAUAGCAGCCGGCACUUGCCUCUGCGAGUUCUUAAUCGGUCUUAUAUACGUCACGCCGGGCGGCCAGUUUAUGAUAACUUUCGUUGAUUAUUAUGUGACCUCAUUUAUCGCUUUUCUACCGGCUGCUUUUGAAAUGAUUGCUGUCGCUUGGUCAUAUGGACUGAGUAACUUUCUGAACGAUGUCGAAUUUAUGCUGAAGAAACGGCUGUCGAUAUUCUGGCGAAUUUGUUGGGGCAUCCUUACUCCUGGAAUUGUCCUUGUAAUCUUCUUCUAUACAUUCGCCAAUCUUGAAUUACUGAAAUAUAACAAGAAAUUCUAUCCUUAUUCAGUUUACGGUAAGUUAAAAUCAGAUAAACUGAUAUUUAAUAAAUUU